ACAACUGCGCCGGGCACAGGAGGAGAUUCAGCUACUUUGGAAGCAAUUUCUCAGGAAAAAAAGAGAAAAAAAAGUGGAGGUAUUCGCGGGAUCGUGGACGUUUCGUGCGCCUUUUUACUUAAAAAGAAGAAAAAGAAGAAGCAAACAAGUGAGCCGUGCGGCUGUUUCACAUCAAACCUGUUGAGUCGGCACUCAGGCGCAAGGAUCGGUGAAGAGCUCCUAGGGAUUCGUUCUGGGUCGACGGACGGAUUGUUCUCAACUCUGCGUGAAGCCGUUAAAUGACUUCACCUGUCAUGCUGAACCCGAAGGAAAUUGUCGCGUAAAAUGUUACUUUGUUAGAGGGAUUUGGGAGGAAAUGAACUUUCAACUUUUUUACGGCUAUGCGUGGUGAAUGAUUUACCCUUCAGCUCCCAGGAGCGUCCAUGGAUGUGCACGCUUCUCCGCCCUGUAUGGAGUUUAGAGCCGUGGCGUGUCCAGACCCACUCGCCCCGUCGGUCUGGAGACUCUGGUGUGAUUGAUGGCGCAGUCGACUGCGCGCACGCUGCUGGAGCAAUUGCGCUUUCCUCCGGGGAGUUCUUCCUUCCGAAGAGUGGCCGUAAAUUAGCCGAGGGGCCCCGUGCUGAGAAAACGCUCAAGAUCCGCUUUUGAGAUUCCCGUUAUUCUUGUUUAAAAUCCCGUAAUAUUGAUCGAAAUCACCGCGCCGGAGUUCUCGCGCCAUGGCGACCCCGGGGGAGCCUCUUUCCGGUUUGGUGUUUUGGCUGCGCGGCGUGCUCCUCGCGCAGCUGGCGCACCUCGCGCUCGCUGCCUCGAAGGACAUAGUGUGCGAGCCCAUCACGGUGCCCAUGUGUAAAGGCAUCGGCUAUAAUCUCACCUACAUGCCCAACCAGUUCAACCACGACACACAGGAGGAGGUGGGCUUGGAGGUGCACCAGUUCUGGCCCCUGGUCCGGAUCCGCUGCUCCCCCGACCUACUGUUUUUCCUCUGCAGCAUGUACACCCCCAUCUGCCUGCCGGACUAUAAGAAACCGCUGCCGCCGUGCCGCUCGGUGUGCGAGCGGGCCAAGCGUGGCUGCUCGCCCCUCAUGAUCCAGUACGGGUUUGAGUGGCCCGAGCGGAUGAGCUGUGAGCGCCUCCCCGUGCUGGGCGACCCCGAACGCCUGUGCAUGGACCAGAACGGCAGCGAGAGCACCACGCCUUCGCCCAACCUGCCCAAGCCGACAGCCAAGGGCUCGGCCCGCCACCGCACCACCUCCAAGUCGGCGCCGGCGCAGAAGUGCGACCGGGAGUGCCGCUGCCGCGAGCCGCUGGUGCCCGUGGGGAAGGAAGCGCACCCCCUGCAGAGCCGCGCGCGCGCAGGCCCGCUGGCCGACUGCGCCCUGCCCUGCCACCAGCCCUAUUUCUCUCCCGACGAGCGAGCCUUCACGGCCUUCUGGGUGGGGCUGUGGGCCGUGCUCUGCUUCGUCUCCACGCUCACCACCGUGGCCACGUUCCUCAUCGACAUGGAGCGCUUCCGCUACCCGGAGCGGCCCAUCAUCUUCCUGGCUGCCUGCUACCUCUUUGUGUCACUGGGCUACAUCGUGCGCCUGCUGGCGGGCCACGAGCGGGUAGCGUGCGCCGGCACGGGCGACCAGCGCCACGUCCUGUACGACGCGGCGGGGCCGGCCCUCUGCACGCUCGUCUUCCUGCUGGUCUACUUCUUCGGCAUGGCCAGUUCUAUCUGGUGGGUCGUCCUCUCCUUCACCUGGUUCCUGGCGGCUGGCAUGAAGUGGGGCAACGAAGCCAUUGCCGGCUACUCCCCCUACUUCCACCUGGCUGCCUGGCUGGUGCCCAGCGUCAAGUCCAUCGCCGUGCUGGCCCUCAGCGCCGUGGAUGGCGACCCCGUGGCGGGCAUCUGCUACGUGGGUAACCGGAGCCUGGAAAGCCUGCGUGGUUUCGUGCUGGCGCCGCUGGUGGUGUACCUGGCGUCAGGAUCGCUCUUCCUGCUGGCCGGCUUCGUCUCGCUCUUCCGCAUCCGCAGCGUCAUCAAGCAGGGAGGAACCAAGACGGACAAACUGGAGAAGCUCAUGAUCCGCAUCGGCCUGUUCACCGUGCUCUACACGGUGCCUGCCACCGUCGUGGUGGCGUGCCUGGUGUACGAGCAGUACUACCGGCCCGGCUGGGAGGAGGCGCUGGCGUGUGCGUGCCCGGCCGAGCGCCACCAGCUGGCGCCGGGCCCCGACUACGCCGUCUUCAUGCUCAAGUACUUCAUGUGCCUGGUGGUGGGCAUCACGUCGGGCGUGUGGAUCUGGUCGGGCAAGACGCUGGAGUCGUGGCGCCGGUUUGCGGCCCGCCGCUUCCCCUGUAGCGCCCGCAAGCCGCCCACCUCGGCCUCCUCCGUGUACAGCGAGGCCGGCGCGGCGCUCACGGCCCGGGCUGGCUCCGCCGUGCUCGGAUCUUACCGCAAGCCUGCUGCCCCCCUGCGUGUCUGAACGACGUCUGCCGCGCCCCCUGCGCCCUCUUGUUCAGCAACAGAAACUGUAACUGCCCCACGGGUGGCAUUUGAACCGUGCAGCGCUACAAGAGAAUGGAACUCGUAUGGCCCCGUGUGAUUCAGCUGUACGUGGGGGAGGAUCUUAACCGCUGUGUUUUGUCUCUGAAAUUGCUGCUCCUUCUAUGGAUCCCACACGUGUGGAGGUCAUGCUUGGAAAUGAAUGGAAGGAAGCAGUGUUAGAUGCAGCUUGAGUGGUUCAGACAAACAAAUACCAAAACAAAUAAGCAGAUAUUGUAAGGUGACAGGAGCCACACCAAAUUUAAGAAAAACCAACAAACUAUUAACGACUUGCAUCAGGAUUCCUGUGGCCAAAUGACGGAGGCCUUAUAUUUAUUUGUUUAUUUCUGUAAAUGUGUUCUUUUUAGACUGUUUGUGACCUUUUAUAGAAAGCAAGAGAUGGGAUGUUCCAAGGAUCUUAAGACAUUGAGGGUUUCACAAUGGCACAGGCAGUCUAAUUUAGUCUUUUACUGGUAAAAGAUGGUUGGAAUAACCUUUUCUCCACUGUAUACACUUCUGAAACAAAUAUAAAAAGAAUACUUAAAGGGUGUAGUGUAUGCAUGCGGUCAGCACACAUGCAUGACUGGACCGGAUGUUGGCAAGAUGAGUUUAAUCUGUUACAAAGUUACAGAUUUUCUUUCUUUGCUGUGUGAUCUAGUACAUGGCUUUUAACUUCAUUAUAAAUUUGAUGUCCACUUGGGGGGAAAAAAAAAAACUAAAAUGUGUACAGCAUAUGUAAACCCUGUGUGAUAAGCUAUGACCUAAAGCAACAACAGAACAUUGAUCAAGGCAGCUCAAAGCUAACACACCUGCGUGUCAGACUGCAGUUCUGCCGUCCGUCCGCCCGCCCCGAUGAGGCUGACGCCCCCUAGCGGUCACUUGUUGAACUGGCCCUAAAGUCCCUUAAAUUUCCACAUUAGCUUUCCUCAUUGACCUUGACCGCAAGAUAAAAACUCAUCCAAAACUCGCUAGCCAGUCCAUCAGCUCUCAUGCAGCAGGUGUGUAGAAGUUGCAAGGAGCGUUGAAGUUUUAGCGUUGUUGUUAGUGCUCUUAAACAAACUGAACGGCAUGAAACUUCUCAGCCAAACCUUUUGCAUUCUGAGCGGAGAAUUCGGCAGUGUGUUCAUCUGAGAGUACCAUAGUUGUGUGUCCUGUAUGGCUGUACAUAUUUGGUCUAUUCAUCUGUAAAUCAUGUCAUUUCUUUUUAAUAACCUGGACUGCAGCUUUGUAUGUAAAUACUUUUUUUUUCUAAACAGAAUUACCAUUCCUUGAUAAGAUUUUAAAGAGAUUCUUAGAUAUUUAUGAAAAAUGGAAUGCUGUUUCAUUUCUCUUAUCAGUAGAGAAUAAAAUUGUGGACCAAUCUGUGAACAUA